AUGGGAAGUGGAGCAACAAAAGAAAAAAAAAAUGAGGUAGAUUAGAUGGAACAUAAUUAAUCAUCAUUAACUUGUAAUUUUUUUUUUCUUAUAAUCUUAGCAAUAGGGAAAGCUGAUGGUUCUCCAAAAAUCUUUACCUUUAAAAAUAACUCUUAAUUAAGCAAUUGUAUGUUUUACCUAAUAAAUUAGCUUUUGGACUAUUAAAGAAAUAAUAGUAUAAAGAAGCAAUUGAUAUUUUAGAUUAAUUAUUAGAGAAACAACCAAAUGUAGCUGAUGCAUUGUACUUUAAAGGUAUUUGAUUAAAUUAUUCCUUAACUUAGGUUUGGCUUAUCUUGGACUAAAUGAUCUAUCUUAGGCUCUUUUUUAUUGUAAGGCAGCUGUUGAAAUUGAUUCUUAACAUUCUCAUGCUCUUGCAGAAAUGGGUAAGAUAAGUAAUAUAAUUAAAUUAGGAAAUAUUUAUACAUUAGAGAAAAAGUAUGAAGAAGCGUUAGUUAUAUUUAAUAAAUUGAUUGAGAGGAAUGAAAAAUCAUUUGAAGGUAAUUUUGGGGUAGGUUUUAUAAAUUUGAUGUUAAAUAAUUUUGAAAUUGCUGAUUCAUAUUUUUAGAAUGCUUUGAAAAUAAAAAAUAAGGAUAAAGCAGCUCUCCUAAAUUAUGGUAAAUUGUUAAUUUGAUAUUAGGCCAUUUACUUGUAAGACAGUAAAAAUUUGAAUAAGGUCUAUAGUAUUAUGAGGAAGCACUAAAAGUAGAUCCAAAAUAUUCUGAGGCAAUAAAUGCUAUCACAAAUUUAUAUUUACGUCAAAAGAAAUAUGAUUAACUAUUUGAAUUUUUAGAUAACGCAGGAGAUUAGAAAAUUCCAAGAAUAAAAUCAGUAAUAUUAAAUUGUAAAAGUAAUUGAUAAUAUUAUGUCAUAUUAGGCCAAGCAUUAUAUGGAUUAAAAUAGUUUGAUAAAUCAAUGAAAUUUUGUCAAGAAGUAUUGGAAUAUGAUCCAAAUAAUAUGGAUUCACUUUAUGGAAUGGGGAUGUGUCUUUACAAUAUAAAUUAAUUACACAAAUCCAUGACAUAUUUUAAUUAGAUUAUUAAUAUAAAUCCUUAUGAUAUAAAAACACUAAAAAUUAUGGCUAAAAUUAGUUCAACUUUAUAGCUGUAUUAUUAACUUAGUGAUUGUUGUGAUAAGAUAAUUUAAUUAGGAUUUGGAGAUCAAUCAAUCCAUUAUUACAGAGGAUUGGCUUUGAUGAAUUAAAAACAAUAUUCAUAGGCAAUUGAAGAUUUUGACAAAAGUCUUAAUUUCGACUAAAAGAAUAUAAUAGCUCUUAAAAAUAAGGGUAAAUAAUAAAAUAUAAGCAUAGCUCUUUGCUUAGCUCAAAUAAAAGAUUUUGAUCAUGCAGUUUUGUGCUAUGAUAUGAUAUUGAAAUAGUUAAAAGAUGCUUCUGAAAAAUCAGAUAUAUUCUAUGAAAAAGGUAUUAAUUAUGAAACAUUAAAGGUUAUUGUCAUUUGCUUGGAUAAUAAUUCUUUUCUGCAAAAACCAAUUUUGAUUCAGCUUUGUAAUUAAAACCUAAGAAUGAGGAUUUAAUGCUAAAAAUUGCAAAUGCAUAUAGAGAUAAUAAUAAUAUUUAGCCUGCUACAAAUAUGUAUGAUAGAUUGAUAAAAAUGAAACCAAAUAAUGCAAGAUUUUAUGCAGAAAAGGCUCAAUUAUAGGAAUAGCAAGGAAAUUUUAAAGAAGCAAAAUUAUUAUAUGAUCAAGCAAUAGCAUUGGAACAUGAUAAUCCUAAGUUUUAUACAUUAAGAGGUAAAUAUUGAAAUUAAUAAUAGCAAAAACCAGAAUAUAAGUAUAAGAAUUCGAUGAAGCAAUUUAAGAUUUAUAAUAGGCAAUAAAAAUAAAUGAUUAAGAUCCUGAGUUACUUUUUGAACUAGGAUAAUUAUUAUAUACAAAAUAAAAUUUAGAACAAUCAGUUGUAAUGUUUUCAAAAGCUAUUAAUUUAAAUGAAAAUGUUGAGAAAUACCAUUUAAAAUAUGCAUAAGUAUUGCAAACAUAAGACUUUGAAAAUGAAGCAAUUGAGCAUCUUAAAAAUGUUAUUGCAAAGCAUCCUGAUUAUGAUAAUUGUAAGAAUCUUCUAGAGAAUUUCAAUUCAACUCCUUUUUCGUUAAGAGAAUAUACUAAUGUUUUUGUAUAUAUAAUGAUUUCUAUGUUUUCUGAAGGAAUGGUUGAUGAAAAUCGUUCAAUUGAUUUAGUAAGAUAAGAAUCUCUAAGAAUUCUUUAGGAAAAAUUAAAGAAUGGGUUUCCUAAUAUAACAAAUAUAUUUGAAGUUAUAAAAAGUUCAAUGACAAAAAAAUAUGAAUAUAAUUUAAUAAAUAACUCUAAGGAAAUGAGAAGAAUACUAAAUAUGUUAUAUAAAAAUAAAUUUGAUUAAUAAAAUUAGUGCAUUAUGGACUUUAUAGAAACGGCGAAAAAAUUAGCUAAAUUAAAAGAAAAUGUGUUAAGAAAUGAAGAGAUUGAUAUAGAUAGUAAACUCCAAGAUACUUUCUUAUAAUUGUGUUCAGAGCAUAAUAUGGGAUUGUUUUAAAGCAAAGCUUCAGGAUUAGCAUUAUAAGAUUCUGUUGCAUUGAUAACAGGCAUAAUAUUAAGUUAUAAUAAAAUACUUUAGUGUUAACAACCAUUAAAGAAUUAAAUUUAUGAUAUGGUAAAGAGUGGAAGUCUAAAUAAACUUAAAUAAAAAUGA